AAUAUUAAAAAUCAUAUUCGUAUAUUUUAUUUUUUACGAAAUAUUCAGUAAAUACUUUUAAUUAUAAUUUAUUAAAGUUCUAUUCUAUAUUAUAAUUGCGAGACAACAAUACUAAGAUUAUUGUUUUAAAUGUGUUAGUUAUUUUUCUGAUACAACAUGAAUCAAUUAUAAUUGUUUUCGCUAUUUGUUCUACGUACCGCCGAGUUACACAUAGUGUAAACGUCUUGCUAUGCAUAACUUAUCCUACUGUUUCAAUUUUUUAGUGUUAAGUAUAAUCUAACAAGUUUGUAACAUACCCUUUCUCUUUUUUUGCGAAUUAUUACUAGUUUUGGCCAUGAACGUCACGCAUUCAGUAGUUUUGGUUCAAAAUGGUCUUCCAGAAGACAAAUCAAGAAAACUUCAAAUGCAGUUAAUGAUGGAAAAACUGCGUAGCAAAGCAUUACAAUCUCAAUACAAACCACUGACUGAUUCAAUAAAAAAUAUUAAAUUAGCAUUACUAGAAAAAAGAAUCAACGUAGAUCCUGCUGAAAAAAGUCUUGUUCAAAAAUCACUUGAUUUAUUACAACAAAAUAUUAAAGUUACUACAUUACAAACAAUGGUUGAACGUUUAGAUAGUGUCAGCAGACAUCUUGGUUUAAAAUUCACAGUUGGACCUUCUGGAAAGGAUAUUUUUGUGUCUUCUGAUAUGUUUUAUUUGGAAAUUAUAUUAGAAGACAAUGGUGGAGUUAAAGAUGUUAAAAUUCAUCAUGAUGGAAAAUCAGAACCUCAGAGUUGUGCAGAUUUAAUUAAAAGUUUGGCCAACUGUGACUUUGCAGAUUUCACUUCACAACUUGAAGGACUUGCGUCCAUUUAUCAGUUAAAUGCAGAUAAGAUAACAAAAUGUCGCGCUUUUAAUGCUUUACAGACAUUAGAGACAGAUCUUGAAACAUUUGCUCAAGUACAUUAUACAUACCACAAAGAUUUAAUAUCCUUGGUUCAUAAAACUUCGUUGGGAGUUGUUAAACCAAGAAGAGGAGGCCAUCCAAUGAAAAUAAUUUAUUUUGUUUCACCUUAUGAUUUAUUGGAUUUGGAAAACAAUUCAAUGAAAAAUUUAGAUAAAGAUACUUUAGAUGUUGGUUACUAUGCCACAGUUUGUAUUGAAGCUGCUAAUAGUAAUAAUGUUCAGUCGGCUUCACUUCUUGGUGCAACAAGAAGUUCAGCAGGAUUAAGUACACCAACAUUUAUGCCAUUCACUGUGCAAAAUAGUAUAACUCUACCUGCUGUAUUUGUUUUACGAUUGAAUGAACCAAUGCCAAUAUGUCUACAAUUAGCUGAAAGUAUAAAAUCUGAGAUUCAAAUGGAUUUAGAAAUGUCAGUACCUCGUUCAUUACUUAAAAUGAUAAUUGAACCUAGCUCUCAACCUUUAAGUGUGUCUUUACCAGAUCAGCAACACUGCUAUUUUUUGACUGAUUCCAAUUUGAAAGGAGUGUUAAUUCAAAAUAUAAAAUUUACUCACCCAUCUCAAGUCACAAAAGUUAUAGCUUAUCUUCGACAACAGGCAUUAUUUAACUGCUUAAUCAAGUCUUGUGUACGACCUGAAUGUCAACAAGAAAUACUGAAUACUAUGGUUUUUGAAAUUGCUGCUUAUGAAGAAAUGUCAUGGCAACAUUUAGUUGUUUCCUUUGAACAUCCCAUUGAAGAAAGUUUGGCUACAGCUGAAUUUAAUUUAUCAGAUAUUUCUAAUCUUAAGUGUCAAGUUUAUACUUCAUCAACAGAAACUCAUGGGGAAUCUGUACUGAGUUCUCCUGAAUUCGCUAGCAAAGUAUUACAAAGAAGUUUUUCUAUUCCAAUCACAAUGCGAAGUUUAAUACAAACUUGGGAAAGAGAAAAUCAACAGUCACUUGAUAAUGAUAUGAAAAAUAACUUUUCAGGAACAGGAGGGUCAACAAAUUUAGGAGAUGGUCCUGAUAUAAAUCAACAUUUUGCUGAUCCUUCAAAUGGUCCUGAUUUUUCUUCAGAUCUUGAUGUUAAACUAGAACCCUUAGAUGGAGCUGGUGCCUUAGAUUGCUUCCCUGCAUCUAUUAUUCAAAGAGAUUUAGAUCAAUUUAUUUCAGAACCCAAUUUUUUAGCAGAUAUGGAUUUUAAUCAAUUUCCAAUGGAUGUUGAUCAAGAAGAACAAAAGAAGCAGUCUUCUUUUAGGGACGCCAGCCUUCAAGAAGAUCCUCCUGAUCAAAAUUCGAAACCAUCUCCUACAAAAACUGAAGAACUGAUUAGCAUACUUGACGAUGAUGACAAUGGUAAAGUCGAAGAUGAGAAACCACCCCUAGAUACAGGUCAAGUGAUUAUUGAGUCUUCUAGUGAAGAUUCAAUAGAAAAAAGCAGUUCAUCAAUAUCAGGAGAGUUUGAUAAUAUCCCUGAUGACAUUGAUCAAUCUAAUCAAUUAGUAUUUGAUGUAGAUGAUGAUGGCAGAGAUCUUAAUGAUCUAAAUGAUGUAAAAGAAUUUAUUAAAAAUCAGCUAAAAAGUGAUGAUAAAAAAGAUGUACAAUUAGAUAAAAUUCAUCAGUCUCCUUCAGUUAGUAUAACGGCAGUUGAUUUAAGUUCAAUUCCAUCUCCACAAAUUUUACCACAGGUAACUGUUGAUAGAAGACCUAAUAUUGAAGUCAUACCAAUACCUAAUGUACCAAGUUCUAUAACAAUAACUCCAAUAUCUGCAAAAACAAUAGCCGAAGAAAAAUUAAAAAAAAGUAAAAAAGAUAUUGAAGGAAAAGCAGAAAAAAAAAGGAAAAGAAAAUUAGAAUCUGAAACAAAUGUACCUGAAAAAGUAAAAAAACAUUCUGGAUCACUUAAAAUGUCAGAUUCUAGUAGAUCAUCAUCACCAUGUGAUUAUGUUUCAAACCAACUUCCUUCAAAUACUAUGAUGAUGAAAUUAGCAUCUAAUCAAAAAAUAAAACAAAGUACAUCACCUACUUUAUCUAUUAGUAGUGUAUCACUGGCCAAUACUAAGUAUCCAGUUACAUCACCAAAAUCCAAUUCAGGUAAACCUAGUUUAUCUGCAUUGAAAUUGUCGGUUCAUAGUCCUAAGAGUGAGUCAAAACAGAAAAACAAAGAAUUUUCAAAAGAUAAAGAAAAAAGAAAUUAUGCUUCAAGUAAUUCUUCUUUAAGCCAAAGUCCAAAAAGUAUAAAAUCUUCAAGUUCUAAAAAAAGUGAUGUUGAAGAUCCUGGAACUACUGUAUCUACUGAAUCUCCUAAUAAAUCUCAAGCAAAAUGUAGAAAACUUAAUGCUGUGAUUGAUAGAUUAUCAAAGGAUAAAACUACAUUAAAUUAUUCUAUUGAUUCUGAUUUACCCAAGUCUAAAGAUUUUUCCAUAAAAGCUUCUGAUAAAUCAUUAUCUUUAAAUUCUAGUUCUAAUUUGAAGAAUCCUGAAUCGUAUCAAGUUAAGCAUAGUUCAGAUGGAAUGAAAAUAACUAUUAAUAAAACUAGAAUGAAAGAAUCAAAGCAAAAAAGCUCUUUGAGUAGCUCUCCAAAAUCUGGUCAAAAAUCUAGUAGUUCUAGCAGUACUAAUAGUAAAAAAACGGGCUACACACUUUCUAAAUUAACCUCAAGCACUUCACAAACAAAGCAAUCAUUCAGCUUGCCAAAGACUAAGUCAAAUUUAACUGUCACAAAAAUAAAGUCUAGUUCUAGUAAAGUUCGUAGUGAUAAAUCUAUCUUUGCAAGAGCUGAUAUGAGAAAAUCUAGCCCGACAGCCAAAGAUGAAGAACCUUUAAAAGUUAUAAAUCCAGUUGAUAGUUUCAUAAAACAAUUGGACACUAGUAAAUUUCAAAUACCAAAACUAUCAGCUAGAACUAAUACCGAUGAUAAAAAAUAUAAUGAUUCUUCUAAAGUUGAUUCCAAACCUAUAGACUUAGCUAAAAAAAUUGAUACUGAAAAGAAACAUUCUCAAAGUGAUUACAUUAACCAGAAGAAAAGCACGACAGAAAGGUUGAAUUCUCUUCCAGGUAUUACUAUUACUACUGUUGAAGAGCGAAUUGGUAAAUCUAAAGAAUCAAUUUUAAAUAGCUUAAAAAUUGAUAUGCCAUUAAUAUCUUUACAUGCACCUAAAGCAGACACAACUCUUGAAUUAUCAGAGUGUAAAGAUUAUUCACAGAAAAAAGAAGAUUCAACUAGCUCCAUCUCUUACCAGCAAAAGCCUAUUGUCCCUGUUACAAACUAUUCAACUACACCUUCAGUAUCAGUACAUAUUCUUAAAUCUCCAGUACCUUCACCGUUAUUAGUGUCUUCUCCACAUUCUGCCUCACCUUCGAUAACUGAUGAAGAAUUGAUAGAUGAUUCAUUUGUACGUGUUGGUAAAUGAUUUUUGUAUGUACAAGAGCCCUUUGGCUUUUGGUAACCAUUUGACAACUGAAUUCCAUUUAUAUGUUAUUAUAUGUAUAUAGUAUUUAUUAGUUUUUUUUUUCAUUUUAUAGCAGAAUUAUUUGUGCAUUAUAAUUGUAAAUUAUAUAUUUUAUUCUAUAUUGUAUAUAUUUAAUUAAAAGAUAAUCUGUGUAAACAUCUAACUUGUCUCAAUAUAAAUUAUUUUUGGACCUUA